CAACUCUCCAUCGAUGUUAUUGUAAGAAAACUGAAUGGUUCAUUUGAAUGAAUAUUUUGUCUUUGUUUAUAUUAGUGACUAAUCUUGUGCAGUCGUUUUACUUCGAGAAUCGAUAGCUUUGGGAUCUUUCACCUAUUUGGAUUAUUAGUUUAUUGACGUCACCAACAUGGAAACUAGAGUUGUUCAAGCUGACCUUCACUCUAACAGCGUAAAGCUUUCUGUCUUUAUGAACCAGUCUGGACCCGGACUCCAAAAUCCUUAUCGGGAUCAGAUAGCUGAGAAAUGUGAAUAUGGGUGUAAUACACUGAGCAAAGUAGUAAACAAAGUCUGCCUUUAUGAAUCUGUCUGCAGAUCACUCAAGUUACACAUCAGCUGUCUGUUGGUCCAUAUUUAUAAAGCAUAUAGUUCAUCAGCACAUCUCCAGCCAUGUGUUAUGAAUCUUUCGGUCAGCUUUCUUUACACUUUAAGGCCAGAUAUGAGCACAAAUUAAAGGUUUGUGUCUAAACAGACUGCCAGGACCAACAGCAUGGUGAAACAGUCCCAGAGACAAGAAUGUAGAUCUUUACAGAUAAAACGAUUGUUUUUGGCUUGUUGAAAUGUUUUGCUGUGUUUGUGUUGUCCUUCUGUCUUUAUUAACCCACUUUCAGUUUUUGGGUAGUGUUUGUCAUUGAUCUGUAGGUAUAAACCCACCCUCUCUGCCUGUUCUGGGAGUCCCCGGAUAUGGAUAGUUUGUCCUUAUGAGAAGCUGUGGCAGAAGAUUUUUCCUUUCAGCAGUGUUAAACAGCUGAAAAUCACUAGAAGCCCACUCCCAGUUACCCUGCCCUGUUUUUUCCACUACUACCCAAAUGCCACCAAGUCCAAGACGAAGUUGAAGAUUUUUUUUCCACACAUCUUCUCACGUUUUGGCUCUUCAUUUAAGCAUUUUUUUUUUCUUGUCUGGCUGAUUAUGUUCCUCUUUUAUUUAUUUUAUUAUUCACACCAGUUGUAAAAAACAAACACAACAACAACAACAAAGGACUAUUGCAUCCAAUAUGAGUAUUAUAGCAGUCCGAUGGAGAUAAAGAUGUCUCAGUGAGUCUCAGAAAAAGACCAAUUUCUCUGGGCGAUCCACCCCACUUUUCCUCUUAUCUCACGGAUCAAGUGUUCCUUCAGGACUCCAUACUCUCGCGGAGACACCCCACCAGCUGUGACAGACAUCGUCUUAUCCACCUCAGGGCGAGUCCUGUUGUCCCUGAAGACGACUAUCCAACAGGUCACUGCCAUCAUUUAGUCCACAACCAGCUAUGACCAACCAUGGAGAUGACUGCUACUUUUAUUACUAUUCCACCUGCACUAAGGGUGACAACUGUCCAUUCAGACACUGUGAGGCAGCCAUGGGCAACGAGAUUGUCUGUAACCUCUGGCAGGAAGGAUGCUGCUUCCGCCCGCUCUGCAAGUUUCGCCACAUGGAGAUCACAAAAAACAGAAAGGAGAUCCCGUGUUAUUGGGAGAAGCAACCAGCUGGCUGUCAGAAGCCACACUGUGCUUUUUUUCACGAGAAGCCUCGCUACAUUGAAGGCGUCUUCGUCUCACCCAGUAAAAGUCAGAACAAGAAUGAGGAGGUGCAGCACGAGGAGCCAGUUCUUCCACCAACUCCUCCUCUAAGCACCACUGCCAAUCCUCAGCUCCGAGGAGUCAUCAAGACAGACACUCAGGAGCCGGUGCCGAGCCCAACACACCCGCCUGUCGUCAUUAAUCCAGCUGAUGAUGAUGAGGAUGAAGAUGAUCAGUUCUCAGAGGAAGGCGAGGAAAUCAAAACAGGUCCUUCACCAAAGAAGACGCCCAAAUCAGGUGCUUCACUAAAUUUCGGGGUGAGCACAUUGGAAGAGAUUCGUCUCAGGAAGGCUUUGAAGGCCAGCAUGAGGAAAGCAGGUUACCCCAUCCAGAGUGCUGAAACUUCCUCCACCAGAGAGAAGGAAAACAUCGGCUUCAUUUAUCGGACGACCCUCUCAGAGUCCACAGGCUCUCUGGAAUUCGAACCGAGGGUCAGUGUGACUGAGAGGCUUGGAAGAAAGAUUUCCAACACGGAUUUUACAAAUGGAGACGGGUUUUCACUGAAGAGACGUCUGGGCAGGGCGGUGGAUGAGCAGCAAUCUUCAGUUGUUCCUCAGAAAGCUUUGAAAACCUUAAAGGAAAGACUCGGAUCACCUGCUGGUCUUGCUGCAAUCACUCAGCCAACUGACACUGAUGAAGUUCCUGAGCUGAUCCACAUCAAGACUCUAGAGGAGAUCAAACAAGAGAAGGCGGCCAAGUCUCAGAACCAGAAAGAUUCCUCUUUGGUUAUUACUCAGAACACCUCCCAAACCAGUAAAGCCAUGAAAUGCACCAAACGAGUGGUGACUGUGAAAGAUGGAAAAACCUCAGAUAUCCUGCAGGCAAAGAAGAGACAGCAGGACGAACAGCAGCCCGUCGUAAAGAAGGUUGAGCAGACGGGGAUGGAUGCUCCAGGCAGGAACCAGGAGGAACCAGACCCUGCCCCUCCUCAUCCAAAGCCCAACAAUGUGGAGAAGGUUCGGGUUAAGACCCUUGAAGAGAUCCGCAGGGAGAAGGCAGCUAGACUCCAGGCUCAGCAGGCCGUGCCGUCUGAAUCCGAGAAGAGCUCCGAUGCUCAAAGUGUUCCCCAGAGACAACGUCUGCUGUACAUCAAGAAGCUGCCGAGCCAAAGUGACGUCACCUCAGAUCAAAGUGUUGAUGUGACGGAGAAGAAAUGUCCAGCCGCUGCGCCUCAGACCACGACCAGCAUCAAGGUCAAGAGCUUUGAGGAGAUCAUGCGAGAGAAACGCCUUCGAAAACAGGAAGUAUGUGAACAGGUUCAGCACUCAGCUGAAACGGGGUUCUCUCAGAACCAGACUGGAAUCCUGAAGAGAAAAGUUCCUCCUAAAACCAGUCCGGUGUCAUCAGAAACUACCUCCAUAACACCCCCUAAAUGCUGUAAGCUCAGCUUCCUGAAGCCAGAAGCACCUUCGCUUCAGAGCAGGACAGCUUCUGAUCCAACAGCUGAGGCCUCACUCCCAGAGAGGCAGGGCUCUCCUCGUGACCCACAGUCUCAGAGCCCCUCCAGGGAGGUUCCAGACAAGAACACCUCCACACCCACAUCAUCAGCCAGGCUGAGCAGAGACGCACAGCAAGCUGCAGAAGGCCCAGCUGCUCGUAAAUCUCAGGACAGUACUCGGACCAGAACCACACAACAUCCUGGAGUCUCCAAAGUGCGGCCUAAACUGAACGUGAGACCGUCUGUGAUAAAGCCGGGUCCGAAGACAAGAGGGUCAGAAAGUUCUGCUGUGGCUGCUGUUAAACCUCUGAACAACACAGAUGUUCAGGAGGGGGACACCUGCACUCACUCACAGGUGCUCCCGACCUCAAACACAGAGGCUCAACUGAUGUCUGCGCUGACCCGUAGUCCCAGCACUCUGGACUCUGGUCCUCCAACAGAGGACCUUCAGACAGUCCCCGUCUUCACUCAGAACCAGAAAACCAAACCAGCUGUCAGAGAAUUUUGUACAGUCCCUCAAAGCCCAGUCCUGAAACCCCACAGUCAGUCCAGGCCAAGGCGGUCCAGUGCAGCAGCGCGUGCCGAUGCCUCCUCCUCCGCCGUGGAUGACUUUGAGGAGCUCAUCAACCAGUUCACCGAUGAUCA